AUGGUUCAAAUAGACAACAUACCCGGGCCCAGCAAUCGAGAUAUAUUCGAGGCGAGCUUAUCGGGCGCGCAGGAACGGCCAUUCAUACCUCGCCUAAGAUCCGACCCUCCUCCUUACCACCCUUUGCCUCACAGCCUCCUCGAGUUCCGCCAGCAGGAGGGCGAAGAGGAACGCGACAGAAGGUUUCGCGAGCUAUGGAGACGCUUGCCCAAACGAACAUUUGGCAAUAUCGAUGACGAGGCCAUCUCGAAGUCGAUACCCGUGAUGGACGAUGCCUCGUUAACGCCGGAGCGCGCGAAGAAGCUCCAGGAGAUGUACGAGGAUGAACUCGUGGGCUCGUGUAAUAGUCAUGGUUUGGGCUCCAUCCGCCCUCAUAUUGGGUGGAAGGAGUUCAAGCGAUAUGCAGAGCGUAAGGAAGCUGAGUUAUGGUCCAUCUUCCAUGAUGAGCUAGACCUUGAUGGCAAUGGACAUUUGGACGCAGAAGAACUUGAGGUAGCUUUGAGAAAGGCUGGCAUCGAGAUGUCACCGUCUACAAUGUCUGAGUUCAUGACCUCACUGACGCAGUCCCCACACUCUCACUCCAUAAACUUUCGAGAGUUUCGCGACUUCCUCCUGCUCAUGCCCCGAAAAGCAUCGACAGCCGAAAUCUAUCGUUUCUACGAAGUCAAGCGAUACUUGGAUGACGACAGGCGAGGAGCGGCGAGAGUGAAUAUGGAAGGCGACGUCAGUUUGAGCGCGGAAGACCGCCCUCAUGCAGCACCCAUUGGGUACAAAGCUCAUACUGGUCGGGAUCAGCUUGUAGAUUAUGCCCUUGAAUCUUCUGGGGACGAGGACGACGACAAUCUGGCUCCAGAAGAGUAUGAGGAGGAGCACCACAGCUGGCUCGGGGGAACCACUGCAGUCAAGUUCUUACUGGCGGGCGGCAUCGCCGGUGCUGUCUCAAGAACAUGCACUGCUCCCUUUGACCGUUUGAAGAUUUUCCUGAUCACUCGUCCUCCAGAAAUGGGUGGGACAUCCCUGAGCCCUGCAGCGCCUGUAAGGGGUGUGAAGGCCAUAGGUAAUGCCGUUGCUCGUAUAUACGCCGAAUCAGGCAUCCGAGGGUUUUGGGUCGGCAAUGGUCUGUCGGUAGCCAAGAUCUUUCCAGAGUCUGCGAUCAAAUUCCUUGCAUACGAGUCCUCGAAACGAUUCUUUGCCGAAUACGUGGACCAUGUAGAGGAUUCAAGAGAAAUUACCGGCGUCAGCCGAUUCUUAUCUGGUGGUAUAGGCGGUAUUACCAGUCAGCUCUCCAUCUAUCCCAUCGAAACGUUGAAGACUCAAAUGAUGAGCUCGACGGGAGAGCAGAGGCGGACAUUGAUCGGUGCUGCUCGGCGCGUAUGGCAACUUGGAGGCAUUCGAGCGUAUUAUCGAGGCUUAACAAUAGGUCUCAUCGGUGUCUUUCCGUAUUCCGCUAUUGACAUGAGUACGUUCGAGGCUCUGAAACUGGCGUACCUACGUUCGACGGGUAAGGAUGAGCCCGGGGUGCUUGCUACUCUGGCCUUCGGCAGUGUCUCUGGUAGUGUCGCCUCUGGGUCUUCGGGACAUCCAGAGCGGUAUACUGGCAUAUUGGACGUGGCGACAAAAACGUAUCAAAGGGAUGGAUGGAGAGGGUUCUACCGUGGACUGCUCCCGACUCUUGCGAAGGUCGUCCCAGCGGUCUCGAUAUCAUACGUUGUAUACGAACAUAGUAAACGAAAGUAUGUGCCAGGUUGA